GACGUUUGAUGUGGUUGUUUGUCAAGAUAGUGCUAUUGUGUGUUUACAGUGAUUUAUUUCCCGUUGCUAUAAUCCUAAUUGAAGUAAAAGGUUUUAAGGAGUAGAUGAAGGUUUAUCUCCCCAUCCACGGAGGUUAUGGAAGAGACUUGUCCCUAUUUUUCGAAAGAAGAUAAUUUAUCGUAUAAAGCAAAUUUAUCACACCUAAUGACCCCUCGCGGUGUUAUAAAGGUGACAGAAUGUCUCGCAACAAAGACAAGCAAGAGGGCGCGGCCGGGCGCACUUACCACAUCAUGUCGGAGGCGGAGCGAGCUUCCGGCAGACGAGGCGGGUGGACCACGCUUGAGGUAACAGGAGGUGUGCGCGCGCUGGCGCCGCAGCUGUUCCAACUGACGCACCUCACCGCGCUGUACCUCAACGACAACUCGCUGCAGCGCAUACCGCCCGACAUCAGCCUCCUGGCCAACCUGCACACACUCGACGUCUCCAACAACAAGUUGCGCUCGCUGCCCGCCGAGCUCGGUGACCUUAUACAACUCAGGCAAGUCUGCAACCUUUAAAUUAUUGGCUUUGGUCUUUACACUCUGGACAGACUGGUCGUGGUCGACGUGUAACGUUUCCUUGGUUAGAAGCAACGUGCCUCGGCUAUUGAAGUCAGAUGGGAUUCAAUUUUUUGUGAAG